AUGAGAGCUUUACCACAAGAAGCGGAAUUUAAGCUCGGGGCAGCGACAGCUCAAAGAGCAGCACCACCUGUCAUUGAUGGUGCUGCAGUUCAAACCACAGCAGAGCCAGCAGUCCCACUGGGACCACCAGCAGCCGCAGUUAAAAGAGCAGCACCACCUGUCUUUUAUGGUGCUGCAGUUCAAACCACAGCAGAGCCAGCAGUCCCACUGGGACCACCAGCAGCCGCAGUUCAAAGAGCAGCACCACCUGUCUUUUAUGGUGCUGCAGUUCAAACCGCAGCAGGACAAGCAGUCCCACUGGGACCACCAGCAGCCGCAGUUCAAAGAGCAGCACCACCUGUCUUUGAUGGUGCUGCAGUUCAAACCGCAGCAAUGCAAGGAGUCGCACUGGGAACACCAGCAGCCGCUUUAAGGACCGGAUUGCCUUUGCCACAAAAAAGAAAUCGCAGGCAAAUCGGGGAAUUCAAGGAAGAGGAGGAAGAAUGGAUUGAUGAAGGGUAUCAUCAUAAUUUUGGAUGUCCACGACAGCAGCCUGUCUGA